AUACACAAAAUGGCAUGGAAGAUUACAAAUCAUCAUUAGAAUGUAAACAAAAAGCUCUUAAAAUCAGGUUAAAGCUAUUCGGAGAAAACCAUCCUGCAACAGCUGACAUUUAUGAAAGCAUUGGAAUGACACAAAAUACCAUGAAAGAUUACAAGUCAUCAUUGGAGUCAAAACAAAAAGCUCUUAAAAUCGGGUUAAAGCUAUUUGGAGAAGAUCAUUCUACAACAGCUGACAGUUAUGAAAGCAUUGGAAAGACACAAUAUAACAUGCAAGAUUACAAAUCAACAUUGCAGUCUGAACAAAAAGCUCUUGAAAUCAGGUUGAAACUAUUUGGAGAAGACCAUUCUGCAACGGUGACAGUUAUGAAAACAUUGGAAAGACACAAAAUCGCAUGGAAGAUUACAACUCAUCAUUAGAAUCUAAACAAAAAGCUCUUAAAAUCAGGUUAAAGCUAUUUGGAGAAGAUCAUCCCGCAACAGCUGACAGUUAUGAAAGCAUUGGAAAGACACAAAAAAGCAUGGAAGAUUACAACUCAUCAUUACAAUCUAAACAAAAAGCUCUUAAAAUCAGGUUAAAGCUAUUUGGAGAAGAUCAUCCCGCAACAGCUGAAAGUUAUGAAAGCAUUGGAAACACACAAAAUAGCAUGGAAGAUUACAAAUCAUCAUUGGGGUCGAAACAAAAAGCUCUUAAAAUCCGGUUAAAGCUAUUUGGAGAAAAUCUUGCCACAGCCAAUAAUUAUCUUACAAUUUCACUCACACAACUUGGACUAAAUGAUUUCAUGUCAGCAUUAGAGUCUCUUCAAACAGCUCUUAAAAUCAGGUUAAAAUUAUCUGGAGAAGAUCAUCCUGAAACAGCUAAUAUUUAUGUAAUCAUGGGAAUGUUGCAACAUUUUACGGAAGAUUACCAAUCAUCAUUGGAAUCGAGGCAAAAAGCUCUUAGGAUUAGGUUAAAGUUAUUUGGAGAAGACCAUCCCGCUACAGCUGACAGUUAUGAAAGCAUUGGAGACACACAAAAUAGCAUGAAAGAUGUCAACUCCUCAUUAGAGUCUAAACAAAAAGCUCUUAAAAUCAGGUUAAAGCUAUUUGGAGAAGUCCAUCCCGCAACAGCUGACAGUUAUGAAAGCAUUGGAAACAUGCAACAUGAAAUGGGAGAUUACAAGCUAGCAUUGGAGUCGUUUCAAAAAUCUCUUGACAUUCAAUUAAAGCGAAAUGAGGAAUAUUAUCUGGACAGUGGGGACGUUUGUGACAACUUUGAAAUAACACAACAGGCAGUGAAAGAUUACAAGUCAACAUUAGAUUCGUAUCAACAAGCUCUUGAAAAGCUCAACGUAGUAGAACAUUCUGAUAAGACUGAAAGUUUUCAAAACAUUGCAAUUCUAAAACUAGAGAUAGAACGCUUAAAGCUAUUGUUAGAAACUAGGCAUGUGAAGCUUCAAAUGAGAUUAAGAUCUUUACGAAAGGGAAAUUCUGACAGGAAUGACGGACGUCGAAGUAUUGGAGUUAUGCCAGAAAGCCCGAGAGAUAGCAAUUUGCUAUUAGAGUCAGGAGAAAUAAAAAAAGAAGAAGAUGAAGUAAAUAUGUUUUUGAAACUUUGGCGCUCGCUAGAAAAAACUAAAAUGAAGUUUAAGAGGCUAUAUAAACCUUUAAAAGACAAAACCUUUAAAACGGGAUUCAAAAAUUGA